GACAGAUGCGUCGCGCAAUCCGCCGUCGAUGAUUGAUUUUGAAAACGACAGAGUCGAUCUGCAUCAUUGGUAUGCGGAUUCCAGAUUGGAUGAACUACAUACUGCACUCAAGCACUUGAAGAAUUUCGAAGAUUAUCUGCAAGUCCAGGCUAUGAAGCUGCUGGGAUUGGCUCGGAAUUCGCUACUGUUCCUCCUCAUUUCUCGCAAUUUCAGCAUCUCCCAGCAUUAAGUUCGUGACUGUUCCUAUGAUUCGUCUUUGCUGAAAUUCAAAUGCGAGUUUUGUUAUCAGGUUCUGUCAGGUAUCCGUGUGCUCAUGUGCAGCGGGUCAUGGAUAAGAUUGUACAGAAGCAGCGAUUGUUGGCUAUUGUCUUCGCCUGAACAGAGUAGACGAAACUGACCGUCUUGAAUUAGACUCCCAAAUAACACCGGUAAUGGCUAUGGCUGCACAACCUCUGAGGCGCUUGCAUCUCGCGUGCUGCAAAAUUUACAUUUCCGACACUCGAAAUGCGGCUGCGUUGCAAGAAAUUGAGUCUACUUUCCGCGCGCAUCCAGAGGCACCUCUUCUGCACGUUUUUGAGGACCACGAAUACAAUAGAGUGGGUUAUACUCUUGCAGGCUCGGUCUGUAGUUCUGAGUCGCGCAAUGCAAGAACACCUCUGCAGUCGGCAGUCACGGAUGUUGUGCGGACGGCAUUGCGGACCAUCGAUUUGAGGCAACAUUCAGGAAGUCAUCCCCGACUGGGAGUUGUGGAUCACAUUUGCACGCAUCCACUCGGUACGGCGACCAUGACUGACACAACAGCAAUCGCAGAAGGGAUUGCUUCUGAAAUUGGUCAAGAACUUAAAGUUCCUGCUUUCUUGUAUGGAGCUGCCCAUCGGAACGGAAGACCAUUGGACGACAUUCGGCGUGCUCUUGGUUAUUUCCAACCCAGCAACGGAGGUCUUUGGAUUGGUUCAAACAUUUUCCCUGCUACUAUGCAACCAGAUUUUGGACCAAGAGUUGCACCGCCUAGUAGCGGUAUCGUAGUUGUUGGAGCUUGUCCCUGGGUAAUGAAUUACAAUGUUCCGCUGACAACGAUAGACUUAGACAAGGGAAAACGCAUAGCAAGAAAAGUGAGUGAACGAGGAGGUGGUUUGGCCAAAGUGCAAGCCAUGGCCUUACUGCAUGGCACCGAUUGCAUUGAAAUUGCAUGUAAUUUGCUGGAUACGGAUGUUUCAAAUCCACAGGCAGUGCAACAUUUGGUUGCAGCGCUUGCAGCCAAAGAAGGAGUUCAAGCUAGUAAUGGAUAUCUAACUGGUCAUUCGAAGGAGGAUAUCCUCCGAUUAGCCUCGGAGAAGCUCAAUGCUCUCGACGAGAAAUUGUAGGAAAAUUAUAGGCUGAACAUGCAUAUUGCACUGCAUAAGAAUGAGAGCUGCAACGGAUGAUUGUAAGGCCUUGGUGGGCGAAGUAAAUGCAGCAAGGCAGUUCGAUAUAUCCUUCGCAACAAAUCCGUCUACAACAAUCAGUGGACGAAUUAUCUAGAAAUACCAGACCUAAUGCAGUAAUAGACAAUUACUCGAAAUACUCUUGCAAGCUUGAAUAGUUUUAUGAUAUUUCCCAGUAAAUAAGACAUCAAGUACUACACAA